GAUGAAGUUGCAUCUUAGGAAGAAGAGGGGAUGAAGUUGCAUCUCAGAAAGGACGAAGUUGCGUCUCAAAAAAUCACAUCCUAGAUGAAGUUGCAUCUCAAGAAGAAGAGGGGAUGAAGUUGCAUCUCAGAAAGGACGAAGUUGCAUCUCAGAAAGGACGAAGUUGCGUCUCAGAAAAUCACAUCCUAGAUGAAGUUGCAUCUCAGGAAGAAGAGGGGAUGAAGUUGCAUCUCAGAAAGGACGAAGUUGCGUCUCAGAAAAUCACAUCCUAGAUGAAGUUGCAUCUUAGGAAGAAGAAGAGAUGAAGUUGCAUCUCAGAAAAGACGAAGUUGCAUCUCAGAAAUCACAUCCUAGAUGAAGUUGCAUCUCAGGAAGAAGAAGGGAUGAAGUUGCAUCUCAGAAAAGAUGAAGUUGUGUCUCAAAAAAUCACAUCCUAGAUG